GACCCGCCUCGGCGCGGCGCGCUCAGUUCACGUUGUGCCGCUCGCAGAGCAAGUUCACGGCGACACGACUCGCGCCCUCCGCUCUCCGCUCCAACCCCUCGCGCCAACACAGAACCGCGUGGUCAGGACAACCUGUAAACACAGCUCAGGGAGUGUUCGGGACGACUCUGACACACAGCAGCGCGACCGAGGUCCGGCAGUUGCUGCCCCGCUUGUGCCCCACGCCCAACCGUCUCACACUCUGCCGACGACGGGAGGUUGUCGCCCGCUCCGCCCCGCGCAUCCGGCAGCAGCAGCAGCCAGCUUCAGCACCACCACCAGCGGCUCAACGCGCAGCGAGUAGGAUUUGUGGCUCGAAGUGAAAGUGCCCCUGUGCGUCGCCCGCUCGUCGUCCUCCUCAACCACCGAGAUGGCUUUCAUGAUGCCGGUAGUGAAGAACGACUGGAACAUUUACAAGAGCGGCCGGUCCCGGCGCAGCUCGGAGUGCUCCAACCCGCAGACCUGCCGCAGCAGGAAGGUGUCCGAGUGCAAGUCGGAGGGUCCCUCCCUGUCCACCUCGCCCGGCAGCGACUUUGUCGUGGGCUCACCGGCGCACCGCCACGCCAUGCACUCCUCCACGUCGCGCCACUUCUCCAGGGCGUCGUCCAGGACCUCGCAGAGCAGCCUGCAGUCGCCGUGCAAGUCGGCCGGCUCCAGCCCACCCAAGAGCGAGUCGACGUCGAGCCUCAACAAGUUCCACACGCGGCUCGUGGACAAGCUGAAGCGCUCGCUCAAGUCGGGCAGCAAGGACGGCGCCACGGCCUCCUGAGGCGCGGCCCCGGGGAGGAGCAGCAGCAGCAGCAACGUGGAGGUGGCCGCGGACGCCCUCAGGACGCUGAACCUCUCCGGCCGCUGCACCGCCGCCUCCCCUCCCGGAUCUUCUCACCGGUCGUCGCCCGUCGCCGUGCCCAGGCCCACCGCCAUGUCGCAGCGCGUGGCCAGGGCCGAGGCCAGGGCGGCCGCCUCCUGCCCCGCGGCCCCGCACGGCAGGGCCUCAUAGCGACGGCGCAGCCCCGCCCGGGGCGCCUGCUGUCCGUACGCCCGCCGGAGGCGGGGCAUUCCGCGGGGCCCUCCGCGGAGUCCUCCGCGGGGCGCAGCGCGCGUGCACUCCGGCACCGCGCGAGUGUGAACGUGUAGUGCGCAUGCGCGGGGGGGUGACUGCUCUCUCGCUCUCUCUAUCUCUCUCUUCGUAGAGGCUUUAUAUAAUUGUAUUAACUUAUUUGUCGAUGUCAUUACAUCAGUAUGUUAUUAUUAUUAUUAUUUUUAUACGACAGAGUUGAACUGCCAUUUUCGUUUGGACCAAAUCCUUUAUACCAAAAAAAGUCUUCUCUUUUCUUCUGGAUUUAUUAACGAUUGGACUACGUCUUCUACCAUCGGGUGAACGUAUUGGUCCGCCCAGUUCCUACUUGACAGGUCUUUGCUUUCUCGACGCGACACUGUCGAGAAUCAAACCAAGACUGUGACAGAGGGACCGCCUCAUGAGAUCUGAAACUACAUUUGAGUUCCUGUGGGGGUGGAUGGCGAUACCACUAGAGACUCAACUCAGGGCUGUGUUCUUAGUAGCGAGAACUGAGUCGUACGCUCCUCUCGCCGUUCUUUAACAGUUUUUUAGAAGCUCAGAAACCGGUUGACAAACGCCACUGAUGCGGUGGCAAUUCAAAAAGUGUCUGCUGGUUGGUGCAAGCAGCCCUACCGCCAGGCCUAAGAAAAGAAAACUAUAAGCAGUUUAGGUUUUGUCGUCAAAUACAUAAUGGGCAGUUCGCCGACUUACGUAUCGGUGUGGCUGACUUAAUUAAUACAUCGUAUUUUUAUGUGAGGUCGUUUUAUUGGUGCUCUCGCUUUUCGUGUGCAUUAAGGCGAGACUUUCAGGCCAGACUUUCCUCGAGUCCUAUAUAUACCUAUCAGUAUGUACGUGCGAGAGGGUAUUUUAUAUUAAUCUUUAUUAGACUUUAUUACUUGUACCUCGUUUUAUCUGUGAGUUACUUCCCCCGCAACAUUUCGCAAUAAGACUUCCCAAAGAGUGGCUCCGAUCCUGGCAGAGCUCUUGGCAGUCAGCUCGGCAGGUCACGUGGUCGUGAGCCGCUCUCUGUGUUUAGUCAGGUCCCGCUGGCUUGUACGGCGUUGCUGGUUGCCCGACGGUCGCCAGGAACCAGUGCUGCCAAAAUGGCGUAGCGAAGCGCUUGACAGCGGUUGGCAGCACUGGUCCGUCGCGCUCUUGGGCCGCCAGGGCGGUGAGGGUGGCGGCAGUGCUCCAGGGGGAAGUCCUCGCAGAGCCUGCCGCCGGGAACGACUUUUGGCUUGGAGGGUGUCUGUGAUAUAUUCAAUUGCUGAAUGGAUCUUUUGCAUAGGAGUGUGUUUGUUGUUGAUUUUAUUUUGUGUGCAAAAACCUUUUUUGUUUGCGUGGACGUAAUGUGAGGUAGUGACAGGUGGUCCGCUGAAAGAUGUCUCGGGUGGGUGGUAUGCUGGCUCGAGCAAGGAGAGAGGAAAAGUCUUGAUGGCGACAUCCUCAGUGGACUACCUGUGCGGUACGGUCCGACCACACACGGCGUACUUGCUUGAUCAUCUUCGCAUGCGCCUGUUUUUAUUUUCCUUUUUUGUUCCUGAGAGUAUCUCUGCUUUCGCACAGAUGGAGGAAAUUCUUUUUGUUUUCCAAAUCUAAAUUUAACUGUGCCGCAGUUUUGCAUCUUCAGAGUUUAUCCAAAGUUGCGGUUAUACGAGGUUUGAAAGCAGUACGAACCGCGUUUCUUUGUUUGCUCCACCUGUGCUAAAGAAUUUUGUUAUUAUUGCAUUGUUAGUGUUCUUUAGAAAAAAAUACGAAACAGAAGACUGUCACCAAAGAAUUUUUUGUGGUAGCCUGAGAGACAGCGUGUCAUUAAUUCAUCAAUGCCAAUGCCAACCUGAUGUAUAGCACAACACUUUGCGUCACGAAAUAUUUGUUGAUUGAUAUAUGACACGCUGCAUUUGGCUCAGUGAGAACUGCUAGUUAAAUCCACUGUAUACCUUGACUGUUGUUAUUUGGACUGUACUGUACGUGUGAUUGGGUUGCGUUGCGGGUGUUACCCCGGCUUGGGCAGAGUUUUCGUAGAAAAAAAUGAUCAAAAUUUGACAUCUAUUGUAAAAUGCUCGUCCAAGGCACCUCACUACAUAUGAAAAUUGCACAUUGUAGUGAUUUACGGCAUAUUCAUUAUUGGCCAAAAUUGAGAAAUGCGAUAGAAAUAAUAUAAAUUUAGUAUAUCACCCAUCACCCUUAUGUAUUCAGGUGCUUAGACUGCAAGAUACCAAGUCGUAUUUUCUUUAACAUCACAAAAAAAAAAGAUGAUUGCGGUUUCUGUUGUUGACAGCUUUCUCAAUGCUUGUAAAAAUCAAUGAAAGGAAGCCCCACUUCGAUACCGGUGCUUUGAUAGGCGUUAAAGGGUGCUCAGCUAUUUAUUGGAAUUACUGGAAUAAAACAUCUUAAGCUCAUGCUGAACUAUGGCUCGCAAUAUUUCUUAAGGAAGUGGGGUACGCAAGGUAAACCGACUGUGAUUUGGUAGACUAAUUUAGUGGAUCAUUUUUAGUUUUAUUGUUAAUGAAUGAUAGGGAGCAUUAUCACAUACGCCCGCAAUGUAUGUAACCAUGUACGAUAGAUGGAAAAAUGAGUUUUGUUUGAUUGUUUUAGUUGUUUUUCUUUUAUAUGAAAAGUACAUUCCAUUCAUAUUUUCAUCUGCCAUAAUGUUGGAAACGUAGUCCCGCAAAAAUGCAGUUGUCGGUCUGCAAUCAGAAUUAUGUAAGAUGUACAUCAGUAAAAAUUUAUGUGACAGGGUGAAACUAAAUAUUGCCAACAACUCCAGUGCCACAAACUGUGAUUACACGGCCAAAAUUUGUUGUGCUCCCCCAUUUCUUAAGACGAAGAAAUCCCUGUGUACUGGAUCUUUUCAUAUGUGCCCGACAAGUAGUUAUCACCGUCCCACUUAAACGUGUUGUGAAAGCGAGAUGCUAUGCUGUGUGUUUACUCUGUAGUAUUCCUUCCCAGUCUCUGAUUUUAAGUUGUAAGUGACGUUGUGCACAUCUUCAUCAUUCAUCACGCCUUUAUGAUCAGAUACCAUAUCUCAUUAAAAUAAUUUGAUUUGAAUUGCGA